AUGAGUAAAGUCCUGGAAACGGUAAACGGACUGGCAAAUCUGCAACAAGCGCAUGAGACUAAGAGUCAAUUCCUACCAGUAAAACUACGUCCUUCAGAGCCGUCAUGCAAGCCUCUAUUUGCAGAUCUGACCAAGACGCAAAUGAUUUUGCUGCGAGUGAAGCGUUCCAAGCGGAAACGCGGCGAAGAAGAGAAGAAGGAAGAAACUAACGAUACAGAGGCAAUUAAUACUGAUGGCUACUGUAUUAAAGCCGAAGUGGCGGGACUGAUAAAGGAAAAAUACGUGUGCGAAGGCAUGGCCGACUUCCAGUACUUCACGGCGCGAUCAUUCUACCCCACGUUAAAACCAGGCAAAGACGCGCUCACAGUCGUCGCCAACACGACCGACGCAGUGGAGACAGCAGUGAUGAAUAGCGCAGUAGUGGAAAACGGUCCGCUGUCCAUGCCGUCACUGCGACAGCGAGAGCUUCAGGACUGCUUACGACCGUACUUAGCAGUAGAGAACGAGACGCAGCUGGAGAUGAUCCCCGAGGUGUUCUCCAAGGUGGAUUUGCCACUUAAAUACGAAUUCAGACAACGAUCAGGCUACCAACCCACCACUACAGCGAAGAAGACGUCCAGUACCAUGACGUAUCUGAACUUCCACGACGACACCGCUGCACCGGUUGGACCCAAGCCUGAACGCCCUGUGGUGCGUCGGAGAUCGGUCGGUGUGGACGACAACGGUGUGGAUUUACGUGUAAUGGAAAUAUUACAGGGAAAACUAGAGCAGAAACCGGUAUGGCUACGCUCAAAGCUGUUCGACGGACUGGAUGCAAUUGAACGUCGAGCAGCUCGUCGAUUGCUGCGGAAAUUCUGCUACGUGUUUGUCGAUGGACCUUGGAGAGGCUCAUGGAUCAAAAUGGGGUACGAUCCACGUCUUCCUGAAGAAUCCGAGUCGGCGUCGCGUUACCAGGUCGUGGAGCUGAGAAAUAACCGCGAGCUGGUGCACUCAAAAGUGACGCAUGCGACCAGGAAACGUAUCAAGAAAUUCGUCGGUGCCAGCUCAGGCAACGCGAAUGGAGAAGGUGGUCACGUCAAAGGUCCACGAAUUGUUAAAGUCACGCAGACGUCGGCGUUGGAGAACGCACAAGCUGCUAAACGUCGUCGGAAGGAGCGAUUUACUCGAGGUGAGACGCGACGCUCGUACCUUGUGGAGCCCACGAUGCCCGGAUCUGGUUCUUCUGUUAACGCAGUUGGCUCGCCGCCUCGAGCAAGUCCCACGUCAUCGACUGUUAAUUCAGGAAAUGACUGGGAGUCUGAAGACGAGCAAGAGGAUAAGGACGACAAGAUCUUUGAGAUCUUUGGCGUGCAAUUGGCCAGUCCGAAUGUCUUGUUCCAGCUUGAUGAAAUUGACGACGACGAGGUGCGAGAAUGGACAGCUCAGUUCACAAAGCAGGCGACACCAUCGCUACUUGGAGGGUGGUAUCCGACGCAAAUGUUCUUGCCACUACGUGAGAUCAUCAGGCUGCGUAUUGCCGCAAUGGUAGGUCGCUCGAAAGCGGAGUUAGACACGAGACGCAAGCGUCUGGAUGCUUUAAAAAAACAGGCACUCAGUGACUACGCAGAGGAGCUGGCUGAAGACGAGGAACUGGCCUUCGAGAGCUGGUAUUGA